UGGAAAAAGCGGAAGCAAAACAAAGCGCAGGGCGCAGGCGCAGCAGCAUGGGCGGCUCGUGACGUUCAAUGGCUAAAACUUUUUAAACUUUCGUUUAAAUUUAUGGAAAGUUUCAUUUUCCCAUUUUCUGUCUUCCGUGUCGCACUUACGCUUACCCGACGUCAUCACACAGGUGCAGGAGCGCGAGAGCUGCUGCUGUCUGGACAGAACCGGAAGUCAGGGAGCAGAGUUUGCAGCGGCAGUGAUGAAGAGGGGGCGGGUGCUGGCGGUCCUGGUGGGCGGAGUCUUCUGCCUGGCUGUGAUGUCACUGUACCGCAUGCUGGAGCUGAUGCAGGGGGCGGAGAGCGGUGGACGGGGGGACGCACCUGUGGGACAGGUGGAGGAGGAUUUGUCCCGCCUCCAGCUGAAGAUCGACAGGUUGGAGCGCCUCCUGGUGGACAACAACCGGUUGGUCGCUCGGCUGCGGGACUCGCUGCUGGUCAGAGAGUCACCUGGCGGAAGGGGCGGGGCCAACGCCAGCUCUGCAGGUCCGCCUCUCGGCUGCCGCAAACCCGCAGAGCUGAAGGACGGCGCCGACGGCGUGCAGCUGCUGGACGUCUACGACCUGCUGCCCUUCGACAACCCCGACGGCGGCGCCUGGAAGCAGGGCUUUGAGAUCAGUUACCAUGGAGACGAGUGGGCGGAGCAGCCUCUGGAGCUCUUCCUGGUGCCCCACUCCCACAACGACCCAGGCUGGCUGAAGACGUUUGAGGGCUACUACCAGGACCAGACCCGACACAUCCUGGACAACAUGGUGGUGAAGCUGGGCGAGGACAGCAGGAGGAAGAUGAUCUGGGCUGAGAUCAGCUACUUCUCCAGGUGGUGGAGCGACAUCGACGACCAGAAGAGGGCGCUGGUCAGACGCCUGGUGGAGGCGGGGCAGCUGGAGCUGGUGACGGGCGGCUGGGUGAUGGCGGACGAGGCUAACUCUCAUUACUUCGCGCUGGUGGACCAGCUGAUGGAGGGCCACCAGUGGCUGCAGACUCACCUGGGCGUGGCGCCGAGCAGCGGCUGGGCCAUCGAUCCCUUCGGGCACUCGCCGUCCAUGGCGUACCUGCUGAAGGGGGCGGGGCUUAGCAACAUGGUGGUGCAGAGGGUGCACUACUCCAUCAAGAAGCACUUCGCCCGGCAGCGCACGCUGGAGUUCCUCUGGCGGCAGAGCUGGGACUCCUCCUCCCGCAGUGACAUCACGUGUCACAUGAUGCCGUUCUACAGCUACGACGUUCCGCACACCUGCGGCCCGAACCCGGCGGUCUGCUGUCAGUUCGACUUCCACCGCCUGCCGGGGGGGCGUGUCUCCUGUCCCUGGAGGAUCCCCCCACAGCCAAUCACAGAGCAGAACAUCAAGGACAGAGCUCUCCUCCUAUUGGAUCAGUACCGACAGAAGUCCCGUCUCUUUCGCUCGCCGGUGCUCCUGGUUCCUCUCGGAGAUGAUUUCCGUUACGUGGAGUCCAGAGAGUGGGACGCUCAGUUCAGCAAUUACCAGAGACUGUUUGACUACUUCGACCAGCACCCCGAGCUGCACAUCAAGGCUCGUUUCGGGACUCUGUCAGAUUACUUUGCUGCUCUGCAUCGCCGGCUGAGCGCAGCAGGAACAUCUCUGCCGACGCUCCGCGGAGACUUCUUCACGUACGCCGACCGGGACGAUCAUUACUGGAGUGGGUACUUCACCUCUCGGCCUUUCUACAAACGCCUGGACAGAACCCUGGAGUCCACACUCAGGGCCACUGAAAUCCUUUUCACCCUCACGUUGGCUGAAAUGCGUCGUCUCCAUGACGAAGGCCGUUGGGCUGAAGGUUUUCCUGCAGGUGAACAUUAUCAACGCCUGACGGAGGGGAGGCGGAGCCUAGCGCUCUUCCAGCACCAUGACGCCGUCACAGGAACCGGCCGUGACCCUGUGGUGAUCGACUACGGCACCAGGUUGUUUCAUGCCAUCCUGAACCUGCGGCAGGUGCUGCUGAGCUCCGCCCAGUGGCUGCUCCUAUUGGACAAGAGCCAGUACCACAAAGACCAAUCAAAAUCCUUCUUACAAAUGGAUGAGGUGAUCUCAGCAGAGGAUGCUCUGCCUCAGAAGACGACGCUGAAACUCAGCGAUGAGCCCAGGUCACUGAUUGUUUAUAACCCGACGGAGCAGCUCCGGUCUACUGUCGUCCACCUGGUCGUCGAUUCUCCAGAUGCUGGUGUCAUUGAUUCAAAAACAGGUCGACCAAUAGCAGCGCAGAUCUCUGCUGUGUGGGUGGAGCCAAGUAAAGCAUCUGCAGAGACCUUCCAGCUCUCCUUUGUUGCUGAGCUUCCUCCUCUGUCACUUAUUGUGUAUCAUGUGAUCAAAGCACCUGCUGGCUCCGCCCCUCGGGCUCGCUACAUCGUUCAUCGUCAUGGUAACCCACCUCCAGUCCACUCUGAGCACUUCCAGGUGUCCCGGCUCGAGGGAGCGGAGGUCAACACGCCGCUGUCUCUUAGCAACAAGCACCUGCAGAUAUGGAGCUCCCCGGAAACCGGGCUGCUGCAGAAGGUCCGCCUGCAGUCUGGUCUGGUGCGUCAGGUCCAGGUCCAGUUCCUGUGGUAUGGAACCAGAACUUCAGGGGAUAAGAGUGGAGCGUAUUUGUUUCUACCUGGGGGGGAGGGGCCUCAGGUCUAUUCGUCUUCUGAGCCCCCCCUGGUGCGGGUAACCAGAGGGCCGAUCUUCUCUGACAUCACUUCCUGUUACCCACACUUCACUCACACCGUCCGACUCUACCACCUGGAAGGGCAUGCUGGGAAAUCCCUGGAAGUCUCCAACACGGUGGACAUCCGGUCGGAGGCCAACAGGGAGCUCGCCAUGCGACUCGUCAGUGACGUCGCCAGUGGCAACCGUUUCUACACCGACCUCAAUGGUUUCCAGAUGCAGCAGCGCCGCACCCUGGAGAAGCUCCCCCUGCAGGCUAACUUUUACCCGAUGACGUCGGCCUCCUUCCUCCAGGACUCCUCCAGCCGUCUCUCGCUGCUGUCGGCUCAGAGCCAGGCGGCGGCGUCGCUGCGAUCAGGUGAGCUGGAGCUGGUGUUGGACCGGCGGCUGCAGCAGGACGAUAACCGCGGCCUCGGUCAGGGGGUCACAGACAACAAGCUGACGGCGAGUCUCUACCACCUGCUGCUGGAGGACCGCCGGGGCGGGGCCAAGGAAGUGGGCGGGGCCUCAGUGGAACACCUGUCUCUGCUCGCCCACCUGGCGUCGCUCUCCCUCUGCCAUCCUCCCAUCACCAUGGUCGACCCGGGCGAGGGCUCGCUCCCGAAGCUCCGCCCCUUCCAGCCGCUACGCUCCUCUCUGCCGUGUGACGUGCACUUGUUGAAUCUGAGGACGCUGGAGGACCCACAGGAAGCUGGCAGUCCCUCACAGGAAGUGGCCCUCCUCCUCCACAGGAAGGGUUUUGACUGUGACUCCACCCCCGAUCCUCUCCCAACGUGCUCAUGGAGUGAAGACGAGGAGGUGGACCUGGACCGCCUCUUCUCUCCUCUUCGGUUCAGCUCGGUGCGGCGCUCCGGCUUCACGCUGCUCCGUGACCACGACGAGCCGGACUCCGCCCACCAGGCGGCUCCGCUGCGUCCGAUGGAGAUCGGCGCGUUCCGCGUGCGGCUCGAGUGACGCGGCGGGGAGCGGUGACGCGGCGGGGAGCGGUGACGGCGACGGUAGCCGUGACGGCCCAGCUAGCUAGCAGUGGGCUGGGGUCAGAGGUCAGAAACACUGGAGCUGCCGUGUUGAAUGUGUUUAAAUGGAGACGCUGUAUAACCUGUCUCCCUGUGAUUGUCAGUCAGGUUUAUUGUUGGUUUUUGUAAAUGAGGGGAAUUCUGGGAAAUGUAUUUUUGUGUGUGUGCAUUUCUGUGAAGCUGAAGAAAAUGUGAAGGGUUCUGUUUCUGGGGAAAAUCUGGGUGAAUAAAAUUAAAUUAUUGUUGAAAUUAAA